AUGGGCAGGGAGAAGAAGCGCGCCGCCCCCGACAGGUCUGAUGAGGACGAGGACAGGAAGAAGAGGCCAGCCGCCCGCGACCGCUCUGAUGAGGACGACACCGAGGAUGAAUCUCUCAGUGAAGGAGCCACCGACACCGAGGAUGAAUCUCACAGUGAAGGAGCCACCAACAUCGCUUCCACCGACAUCGCGGAGGAUGGUGCAAAGCAUAAAAGUGCACUUUCGCGGUCCUCUCUUAAGACUGUCAGUGAUGUUGCUAAAACAUUGUCAAAGGAUGCUGAGUCACAUGUCAGGCGAGUAGGGUUUGAUGCAAUGUUGGAAUACACGUUGGAAAAACUUGAAACCAGGGAGCUCCUCAUGUGGAUUAGCCCUGAAAAGUAUGUACUGGUCAACCCAGAGGCUGUUAACAAUGUCCUUGGUACACCUUUUAAUGACAACUUGGCUGACUCAGUUUCUGGUGACAAGAGUGGUGUGCUCAAAGCCAUGUUUGAUGAGUUCGAAGCAGCUGGAAUAAAAGUGGACUAUGUGACCCGAAAAUUUAAUAAAAGGCUCAAUGAGUUUCAGACUAAGGUAAAAAAACAGAUCAGUCUUGAGGCACUCAAGCAGUACAUGCAGUGGAUCAAGGAUAACAACAAGGGCAGUGAGAAGGAAGCCCAAGUUUUCUUCUACAUUUUGUUCAACCGUUUGCUGAUGCCAUCUUCUGACUCUAACCUUACUGGGAAAAACAUUUUAUGUGGUGACCUUGAAAAGAUAGGCACUAUCAAUUGGUCCAAGGUCAUUUGCAAACACCUGAAGGAAGGUGUCAUCAAAAGGAGAGAGAGGAAGAAGAAAGUGGGUCUAAAGUCGGAAAGUAUCGCUUGGGGCUGCACAUUUGUCUUAGCUGACAAGAAGGGCAAGGAGGAUAAGAAGGGCAAGAAGCAGGACAAGAAGCGUGAUGGUGCCAAACGCUGGGAGUCGGAACAGGACAUGUGUAAGGACAAGGGCAUGCUACUUCCAUCAGUGGACCAUUUGCUACAGGCAUCUAUGGAUAAGGUGCCGGAAGUCCAAGAUGAGAUGAAUGCUUUAGUGAAGGGUUAUCAAUCCUUUGUGAAGAAGAAGUUCGAUGAGAUCAGGGCCUACCAGUCAUCGGUAGUGACGCAAGCAAUGUCUCUUGAGGAAAAAGUUCGAGAGACAAAUAAGUUUUAUGCUGAACAUAUCGAAUCUAAAGCCCGGUUUACUGAUGAUACGAUUGUUAUGGAAGACAAGGACAAAGAGGUCAUUGAAAACAUGAAGAUCACUCCUGCAAUGGACAUAUCAGGACACAAAUUAUGUGAGUUUAAAUUUGUAGAAUCCCUCAAACCAACUGGCGAGCUAUCAAACUUUAUUGUAGAUGCCCUUGCAUAUCUGUGGAACAAGGACUGGAAGGACAAAGACAAGGUCAUGCUUUCACAGGGUGCUGUUCAUGAAUUGUUGGGAAAGGAUAACAGAACAGGUUUUCUCGCAAGGGAAAUUCCAAGAGCUACACUAGCCCACAAGGACCUGGUUUGUUUUGUUCCAAUCCUUGAUGGCCGCCAUUGGUCUUUGGCUGUGCUAGAGCUUCAGAAGCAGAGGAUAUCUAUAUUGGAUUCCUUGAAAAUCUCUUGGUUUUAUGUAUUGGCUCUUCCUUCAAGUGACGAAAUUGAAGGCAUAACCAAUAGUGAAGAACAUGUUUUACUGGAGAGAUGUGAUCUCUGA